AUGGGAGCGGCUUUGACAAUGGGAUUGGGGCAGCGGGAACUGGAGGGAAUCGAUACGGCAUUGGAAAUCCUACUCCGAAGCCAGCCAUGCGAUGACAACCCAUACGAAGCCACAAUCUACACAGAUAAUCAAGCCGCAAUACGCGCCACGUGCCAGCCAGGGCGGUCCUCUGGGCAGUAUAUCCUUCGACGGAUCGUACGACACCUGGGCCUCCUACGCGACAACCGAUCUCGAUGGCGUGUACGACUACAGUGGGUGCCAGGCCACGAAGGGGUCCCAGGCAACGAGAAAGCAGACCAGCUGGCAAAGUUGGCUGCAGUCAAGGCGACACGGCGUACACAGGAGAACGCCUGCAUAGCCAGGAUCAGCGCACCUAAUCAGACUACACCACAUGCCGUAUGA